GGUUGUGGUGAUGGAGGUUGUGGUGAUGGAGGUUGUGGUGAUGGAGGUUUUGAUUAUGGAGGUGGUGGUGAUGGAGGUUGUGAUGAUGGAGGUGGUGGCGAUGGAGGUUUUGAUUAUGGAGGUGGUGGUGAUGGAGGUGGUGAUGAUGGAGGUUGUGAUGAUGGAGGCGGUGGCGAUGGAGGUGGUGAUGAUGGAGGUUUUGAUUAUGGAGGGAGGUGGUGGUGAUGGAGGUUGUGGUGAUGGAGGUUUUGAUUAUGGAGGUGGUGGUGAUGGAGGUGGUGGCGAUGGAGGUUUUGAUUAUGGAGGUUGUGAUGAUGGAGGCGGUGGCGAUGGAGGUUGUGAUGAUGGAGGUGGUGAUGAUGGAGGUUGUGAUGAUGGAGGUUGUGAUGAUGGAGCUGGUGGUGAUGGAGGCUUGAUUAUGGAGGUGGUGGUGAUGGAGGUUGUGGUGAUGGAGGUUUUGAUUAUGGAGGUGGUGGUGAUGGAGGUUGUGAUGAUGGAGUUGGUGGUGAUGGAGGUUUGGAAUAUGGAGGUUGUGAUGAUGGAGGUGGUGGCGAUAGAGGUUUUGAUUAUGGAGGUGGUGGUGAUGGAGGUUGUGGUGAUGGAGGUGGUGAUGAUGGAGGUUGUGAAGAUGGAGGUGGUGGCGAUGAAGGUUGUGGUGAUGGAGGUGGUGAUGGUGGAGGUGGUGAUGAUGGAGGUUGUGAAGAUGGAGGUGGUGGCGAUAAAGGUUGUGAUGAUGGAGGUGGUGAUGGUGGAGGUUGUGAUGAUGGAGGUGGUGGUGAUGGAGGCGGUGGUGAUGAUGGAGGUGGUGGCGAUAGAGGUUUUGAUUAUGGAGGUGGUGGUGAUGGAGGAGGUGAUGAUGGAGGUGGUGAUGAUGGAGGUUGUGAUGAUGGAGGUUGUGAUGAUGGAGGUUGUGAUGAUGGAGGUUGUGAUGAUAGAGGUUCUGGUGAUGGAGGUUUUGAUGAUGGAGGUUGUUAUUAUGGAAGUGUAGAUGAUGAUGGAAGUGUUGAUGAUGGAGGUGGUGGUGAUGGGGUUGGUGGUGUUGGGGGGUAG